GUCACGGCGCCGGCCCUGCCCCGAGCGGGCGCCCCCCUCCCCGGCGGGGCUGGCGAGCCGGGAUGGCUGGGCACGCUGGCUUCGGCACGGGUGUUGCUGGUGGAAGGCCGUGGUGACCAGACUCGUGGGCUGGAGCCUAGAGAUGAGAGUGCCCAGGGAAGAUGCAAGCCUGGCAGGCUGCAGGCUAACCUGUCGCUGAAGUGGGCCCCCAGGCUGGACCUGCCCUGGCCCGGCAUGCGCCUCUCCGUGCGCAGGGCGCUGCUGGCAGCCAGCUGUGCACUGGCCCUGGUGCUGGCCGUGCAGUUCGGACAAGAGGUGCUGGAUUGUCGUGCGGUGCUGGCGGGGCCACAGAGCCCCCGGUGGGCCAUGAAGCCAGAGAAGGAGGAGCUGGUGAUGCUGGGCACGAAUCACGUGGAGUACCGCUAUGGCAAGGCCAUGCCACUCAUCUUCGUGGGUGGCGUUCCUCGCAGUGGCACCACACUGAUGCGUGCCAUGCUGGAUGCACACCCUGAGGUGCGCUGUGGCGAGGAGACCCGAAUCAUCCCUCGAGUGCUGGCCAUGCGCCAGGCCUGGUCCAAGUCUGGCAAAGAGAAGCUACGGUUGGAUGAGGCAGGUGUGACAGACGAGGUAAUGGACUCUGCCAUGCAGGCCUUCAUCCUGGAAGUGAUUGCCAAGCAUGGUGAGCCGGCACGUGUACUGUGCAACAAGGACCCCUUCACACUCAAGUCCUCCGUCUACCUGUCACGCCUGUUCCCCAACUCCAAGUUCCUGCUGAUGGUGCGAGACGGCCGGGCCUCUGUGCACUCCAUGAUCACACGCAAGGUCACCAUCGCCGGCUUCGAUCUCAACAGCUAUCGUGACUGCCUCACCAAGUGGAACAAGGCCAUCGAGGUGAUGUACGCACAGUGCGUGGAGGUGGGCAAGGACAAGUGCCUACCUGUGUACUAUGAGCAGCUGGUGCUGCAUCCCCGGCGCUCUCUGCAGGUCAUCCUGGACUUCCUGGGCAUCGCCUGGAGCGAUGCUGUCCUGCACCACGAAGACCUCAUUGGCAAGCCUGGUGGCGUCUCUCUGUCCAAGAUCGAGAGGUCCACAGACCAGGUCAUCAAGCCUGUGAACCUGGAAGCACUCUCCAAGUGGACUGGCCACAUCCCCGGGGAUGUGGUGAGGGACAUGGCCCAGAUCGCCCCCAUGCUGGCUCGCCUAGGCUAUGACCCGUAUGCAAACCCACCCAAUUAUGGCAACCCCGACCCCUUUGUCAUCAACAACACACGCCGGGUCUUGAAAGGGGACUAUAAAACACCAGCCAAUCUGAAAGGAUAUUUUCAGGUGAACCAGAACAGCACCUCCCACGUAGGAAGCUCGUGAUUUCCAGAUCUCUGCAAAUGGCUUUCUUGCCAAGAAGAGAAGAAGCCACAUUCCAGUGGAAAUCAGGCCUCUAAUCCAAGCAUAUUGCUUGCUAUUAAUUGCCAAAACAGGACUGCUAAUGAGGAAUGUAUUUGCAUAUGUGUGCAAAAGCUGAAUCAUUGAAAAUGUUCCUUGAAACUCUCUUUGGACAUUCCCAGCUAGAGAGCGAAGAGUGUGAAAAGUAGUCUGGUUUUUGAAACUUAGGUAUUUCAUAUUUUUCCCCUCAAGAACUUUUUUAAAGAAAUGGAUUUGCCAUCCUCCUUAAUUUUCAGGACUGCCUUGGUGGCUUUGUUUGCUGAGACAAGGCCCACAACCUGUGCCUCGCCUGUUAACCCUUACUUUGAAUUCAAAGAAUCUAUUUAAGAAUCUAAUAUAUGAGACUUUCUUUGAUUUCUCCUCAUUCUACUCAGCUUAACAGAGAUAAAGAAAUUAUUUGAAUAAACUGAACAGAGGCUCA